UCGUUCCCUUGUUUUGAUCACAUUUUUCCCCACUUGUCAACCAACAACAACAACCCUAAUCCCCAACUAAGAGCUUCUGAUUCUGAUUUUUCUCUGCCUGAGAGUCUCCAGUGGAAGUCAAGGAUGCAUUUCGCUAAGCUCGAUGAUUCCCCCAUGUUUCGUCAACAGAUGCAAUGUAUGGAAGAGAGUGCAGAUUUGCUUGGAAUGCGAUGCUUAAGGUUCUACAAAGAAUGCACAAAAUACACGGAGGGACUUGGAGACGGGUAUGAUGGAGAUAUUGACUUUGUAAAUGCACUUGAAUCUUUUGGAGGUGGCCAUAAUGAUCCCAUCGGUGUUGCUUUUGGAGGUACUUUUCUUUCUUCUUUCUCUUUUUCCUUGUUAUCUCAAAGAAGAUAUAUGUUCAUUUUUUUGUUCUCAGGUCCUGUAAUGACAAAAUUCACUGUUGCUCUUCGAGAAAUUGGGACAUACAAGGAAGUUCUUCGUUCCCAGGUAGAGAAUAUUCUGAAUGACAGGUUGGUUCAGUUUGUGAAUGUUGAUGUCCAAGAAAUUAAGGAAGCACGUAAACGGUUUGACAAAGCUUCAAUUAUAUACGACCAGGCACGAGAGAAGUUUCUUUCAUUAAGAAAGAGUACACGAUUGGAUGUGGCUGCAACAAUAGAGGAGGACUUACAUAGUGCAAGAGCUGCAUUUGAGCAAGCCCGGUUUCAUCUGGUUAGUGCACUCUCUAAUGCUGAAGCUAAAAAGCGAUUUGAGUUCUUGGAAGCUGUCAGCGGAACAGUGGAUGCUCAUCUCCGUUUCUUCAAACAGGCAAGCUUACUAUAUUUAGAACCAUUCAGCUUGGUUUUGUGUUACUUGGUUUGGUUUCUCACAAGUGAUUCUUUCUUUCAGGGAUAUGAACUACUACAUCAAAUGGAGCCUUUUAUUAAUCAGGUGUUGAGUUAUGCACACCAAUCUAGAGAAUGUACAAACUAUGAAAUGGCAUCACUUAAUGAAAGGAUGCAAGAAUACAAGAGACAAGUUGAUAGAGAAGCUAGAAACUUAAAUGGUUCCCCUACAAGGGAUGGCAUCCUGAUGAGACACAACUCAAGAAACUCACAAAAAGUCAUCGAAGCUGUCAUGCAAUCUGCUGCAAAAGGAAAGGUAACCUCUUAUAACUGCCCUCUUUAUACUGUUUUUUGUCUUAUAUUUUUGUUGACGUUACUCUCCUUACAGGUUCAGACUAUAAGACAAGGGUAUCUAUCUAAACGUUCUUCCAACUUGAGAGGUGACUGGAAAAGAAGGUUUUUCAUCCUUGACAGCCGUGGGAUGCUAUACUAUUACCGCAAGCCAUGGAACUGGUCUUCAGGAAAUGGGAACAGGUCUUCUAUUAAUAGGAAUGUGACUUCAGAAAACGGUCCUGGCCUGCUAAGUCGGUGGCUGUCUUCUCAUUAUCACGGCGGUGUUCACGAUGAGAAACCAGUUGCACGUCUCACUGUGAACCUGCUAACCUCAACGAUCAAAGUUGAUGCAGAUCAGACUGAUCUAAGAUUCUGCUUUCGAAUUAUUUCCCCUAGAAAAGUUUAUACAUUGCAGGCAGAGAAUGCGCAAGAUCAAAUGGACUGGAUUGAGAAGAUAACUGGAGUUACUACUUCUUUGCUAAGUUCUCAGCCACCUGAAAGAACAAUAAUGCGUCUUUCUACAAUGGAUGGAGAUACUUACUCAGCAAGUGAGUCCGGUUCUGUAGCAGAUCUAUAUGAUAUCGAGCAGGCAGAGAAUGGAGAGUACACAGUGGAGAAUCCCAUGACAGGAGGAAACCGUUUGAGGUUUUCAGGGUGUUUGCAGCAACAUUAUGAUAUGGGAAAGACUGAGACGCCUAUUGAUGUGUUGACGAAAGUGUUGGGGAAUGAGAAAUGUGCAGACUGUGGUGCUCCUGAACCUGAUUGGGCUUCUUUGAAUCUUGGAGUACUCAUAUGUAUUGAAUGUUCUGGUAUACAUCGUAACCUUGGUGUUCACAUUUCAAAGGUCAGAUCACUCACGCUUGAUGUUAAAGUAUGGGAACCAUCGGUGUUGACGUUGUUCCAAUCGUUAGGUAACGUAUAUGUAAACUCAGUGUGGGAAGAGUUGUUAAACUCAGAGACUAGAUCUUCUAGUGCAAGUAGAUCUUCAGGCACUCCAAGAAAGUUACUUGCAAGAAAGCCUGGUGUCACUGAUCCCAUAUCUGUUAAAGAGCUUUUCAUCCAUGCUAAGUACUCAGAGAGGAUAUUUGUCCGACAAGGAAUAGACAGUUUACAAGAGAUUUGGGAGAAUGUCCGUGCCAACGACAAGAAAUCAGUUUACAAGCACAUCGUCUGCUCUGACACAGAUGUGAAUGCACUACGUGGACAAGCUUCCUACACGGUGUCUUUGUCUUUAUCAAAGAUGAUGCAACUGGAAGCGAAGGAGGAAACACUCAAAGCCAAGUUCAAGAGAAUUGAAGAGGAGUUUCAGGAGAAUCCAGAAGGAUAUUCUAACUCGAAAAUUGAAGAAGAGGGGGAAAGUAUGGUCAGAGAAGAAACUUCAAAGGACUGUUCUUUGCUUCAUCUCGCUUGUCUUUAUGCGGAUAUAGGUAUGGUGGAGUUGUUGCUUCAGUAUGGUGCGAAGAUAAAUGCAAUAGACUCAAAAGGUCGGACUCCACUUCAUCAUUGUAUUAUUAGCAGGAGAUAUGCGAUUGCAAAGUUGCUACUUCUGAGGGGAGGAGAUCCAAAUGCUGUUGAUAAAGACAGUAACACACCUGUCAGAUAUGCUUUAAAGGCAGACCUUGAUGACAGCGACCUAAUUGCAUUAUUAACAGACUCCAAAAGAUGA